UGUGUGUGUGUGUGUGUGUGUGUGUGUGUGUGUGUACGGUGAGACAUCUUCUAAACAGCUUGAGGUUCCGUUUGCGCAACUGCAGGACUGCAUCAUAUCCUGUCUGUCAGAACUGUGACAAGGACAGUUAAAGUUUGGAGCUGCCAUCUGUACUAACCGUGCUGUCUGGGGGGAUCAAGACUCCCUGCUAUGGAGGCAGUAGGUAAGUAUGACUUUACUGCCACUGCUGAGGACGAGCUGAGCUUCAGGAAGGGAGACAACAUGAAGAUCUUGGGCACCAAUGAUGACUGGUUGAUGGCUGAGCGACAUGGAAAGAAGGGAUUCAUACCACGUAACUACAUCAACAUUCACCUUCCCAGCUGGUACCAGGAGAGUGCUAGUCGAGGUGAGGCCCAAGAGUCUCUCAUGACUCAGCCUAUAGGAUCCUUUCUGAUCAGGGGCAGCCAGAGCUCCCCAGGAGAUUUCUCCAUAUCCGUUAGACAUGAGGCAGACGUGCAGCACUUCAAGGUGAUGGCAGACACCAGGGGGCAGUAUUACCUCUGGUCUGAGAAGUUCAGCUCCUUCAACGAGCUGGUGAACUAUUACAUGAACAACUCUGUCUCUAAACACAGCCGCAUCUAUCUGCUGGACACAGAAACACAGGAGAAGGGAUUUGGCCAGACCAGGACAUCAGCCCCAUCCUCUCAGCCCCAGCCUCACCAGUCCCUGCCCCGCGCACCCCAGCCUCACCUGCCCCUGCCCAGCAUACCCCAGCCUCACCUGCCCCUGCCCAGCAUACCCCAGCCUCACCUGCCCAGCAUACCCCAGCCUCACCAGCCCCUGCCCAGCAUACCCCAGCCUCACCAGCCCCUGCCCAGCACACCCCAGCCUCACCAUCUCCUGCCCCGCGUACCCCAGCCUCAACAACCCCUGCCCCGCACACCAGACCCUAUACCCCCUCCACAGCGUGCGGCCGUGACCACGGGGGCGGUGGUCUGAUGCAGGUGAGAGCUCAGUAUGACUUCAACGCUGAGGAGAAGGACGAGCUGAGCUUUAAGGCCGGUGACAUCAUCGAGGUGCUGGAGUGUUCCGACAUGUCAUGGUGGAAAGGAAGACUGAGGGGACAAGCGGGAGUGUUCCCUUCCAACUACACCAACCCUGUAUGAGAGAGAACAUGGCAUUUAGAGCCAAAUAAGUAUCUUCAUUCAUUAUAGCAGACGUUCUUAUCCAGAGCAACUUAAAGGAGCAAUUAGGGUUAAGUGCCUUGUUCAAAGGAAUAUUGACAGAUUUUUCACUCAGGGAUUCAAAUCAAUGACCUUUCGGGUUACUGACCCAACAGUCUUAACCUCUAGGCUUCCUGCCUCCCUAACAAUAACAACUAUAUUUCUGAGAGAGAGAGAGAGAGAGAGAGAGAGAGAGAGAGAGAGAGAGAGAGAGAGAGAGAGAGAGAGAACAUAAUGAUUAGCUUUAGCAUUAAAUAUAUGUAUUGUAACUUUCUUUCUGGUUUAUUAUCAAUGUAUUUUACCAUACCGUAGGCUUAUGUCAGGAUAACACAACUAUUUACAACUUCUGAACACAAUUAUUACUGUAUGAUUAUCAAAUAAAUGUAUUUUCUGUAA